AUGGGAGAGCCAAUUCCGUCUCACUCAAAGAAGUUCAAUACUGAACUCACCGAUUACUCGGUGUCCAACAAGGAGCAGACCGGCCCGUAUGCUAAAGAUCUCGAGGUUGAUGCCCUCGUUGUUGGUGCCGGAUUCGCCGGUAUCUUCAUGCUCAAGACACUCCGUGAUAGAGGUCUGAAGACUGUAAUCUUUGAAGCAGGGAAUGACACAGGUGGAACCUGGAGAUGGAAUUGCUACCCCGGGGCCGGUGUGGACUCCGAGGUCCCGGAGUACGAGUUCUCCUGGCCGGAGGUUUGGAAAACUUGGAACUGGACAAGCAACUACCCAACCUACAAAGACCUGCGAGCUUACUUUGAUCAUGUCGACAAAGUCCUCGACAUCAAGAAAGACUGCGCCUUUAACACAGUUGUCGUCGGGGGUCAUUUCGAUACCGACGUAGGACGCUGGAUCAUCCGCACCGAGGAUGGGAGGACGACAACGGCAAAAUACCUUGUUUUGGGCACUGGCUUUGCUGCACGGAGAUAUAUCCCGGAUUGGCCAGGCAUGGACAAGUUCAAGGGCGUCAUCCACCAUUCGUCUUUCUGGCCCGAAGAGAAAGUUGAAGUCAAAGGCAAACGAUGCGCUAUCAUUGGUACUGGUGCAUCUGGAGUUCAGAUUGUUCAGGCCUGGGGCCCAGAAGCCGGAGAAGUCAAAGUGUUCCAGCGUACACCAAACCUUGCUGUGCCGAUGCGCAAGAGAGAUCUCACUGUAGAGGAACAAGAACGUGCAAAGAAGUUCUAUCCGGAGCUCUUCAAUUAUCGCGAAAAGAACUUUGGUGGUUUUCUCUACGACUGGGCAGAGAAAAACACCUUCGAUGACACGCCUGAGGAGCGAGAGGCAUUCUACGAGAAGGUCUGGGCUGACGGCGGCUUUCGAUACUGGGUGGCACUGUAUAAAGACAACCUCUUCAGCGCCGAUGCCAAUCGCGAAUCGUACAAAUUCUGGGCCAGCAAAGUUCGACAACGUAUCGGUGACCCGAAACUCAGGGACCUAUUGGCACCUCUCGAGAUGCCUCACUUUUUUGGAGUUAAGCGGCCGUGCCUGGAGUAUAACUAUUUCGAGCAGUUCAAUCGACCAUCCGUGGACUUGGUCAAUAUCAAGGAUAAUCCUAUCAAAGAGUUUAGCGAAACUGGCAUAACUUUGCAGGACGGAACACAUCACGAGUUCGAUGUCAUCGCAGUUGCGACCGGUUUUGAUAUUGUGACAGGAGUCAUGACUCAACUAGGUCUUAAGAGUCUAAACAAGACCGCACUACAAGACGAGUGGACCUCAGGUGCAACCACUUACCUUGGUACCACCGUGCACGGCUAUCCUAAUAUGUUCCACAUUUAUGGCGUUCAUGGCCCUACGCUUCUAAGCAACGGACCCUCCACAGUGCAGGUCCAAGGUCGUUGGAUUGCAGAUGUCAUCGAUAAGAUGGAAAAGCACAAUAUUAAAUACAUCAACCCCAAGGCAGACUCUGCUAAGGCGUGGAAGCAGCACAUUCUCGAACUCAACGACAGAACCCUCUUCCCAACCGUGAAGUCGACCUAUAUGGGAGGUAGUAUACCAGAUAAGAUUUUUGAGCCUGUCUGCUACUCAGGUGGUAUCCCGGCAUAUGUAGUCGAAAUUCGAAAAGCCCUCGACGACAUGAGCGGCUUCGAUGUGGUCAAUAAAUCUGGAAGUUCGGCAUAA